AUGGUGAUGUCACAGGGCACCUACACCUUCCUGGCCUGUUUCGCUGGGUUCUGGUUGGUCUGGGCCUUCAUCGUCAUGCUCUGCUGCUUCUGCAGCUUCCUCCAGCGCAGAUUAAAGCGCCACCGCGAAGAGCGGCGAAGAGAGCAGUGUCUGCGGACUGUGGAGACGGAGCCGCUGAGCUGCCACCACGCCGGAUACCCACCCGUGCUUCCGGCUCCACCUCCGCUGCCUCCGCUGCUCCAACGGGAGCCCCCCCAGUUGUGCUCUCCUCAAACGCUGUCAUCGCCGCCUCUCCCUCUGCCCGUUCCUCAUCCCCUGCCUCAAGCAACCUGGGUCAGCAUGCCAGGCAGCGUUCCCCCGCAGGACGUUCUGGUGACAGCUGCCUCGGAGGUGUGGGCGACGGCCGCACAGCCCGGCCAGGGAAAGAUGAACACUGAUGUAUUUGGAAAGCCACCCUGCUACGAGGAGGCAGUGCUGAUGGAGGAUCCUCCUCCGCCCUACAGCGAGGUCUUGGCCGACCCGCGAGGAGGAACCUACCUUAAGCCGGCCCUGCCCAGAGCUGCACCGCCGCCGCCUUUGAGGGAGAACCGUGAGCCGGUUCAGGUGUUCACCUCUCAGACCAUCAAGCCUUCUGCAGCGGCUGUAUUCCCCGAUCGGGGUUAUUCCUCACUGAUCCGCCUGCCUUCUUCUCAGCGCUGGGACUCCUUGGGUCAUCUCUUGUCAAACAUGGAUUUAAACCACAACAACCUCACGCCGCCGGGAGCCCGCUCCCUUCAAGCUGCUGCCGCCAUGGCCACCAUGCCCCGCAGAGAGCUCAGGACUCAUCACGACGGACUUGGGCUCAGGGCUGGAAUGCAAGGACUUCCAGGAGGAAUGCAUGGGUUUCAGGGAGGGUUUCAAGAGCCAUUUCAGGGAGUCCAUAGACUUAGGGGUUUGGAGCCCAGCUGCGGCAUGCCGACAGCCUUCCCUCUGCUGGGUCGGAGCACCGCCGUUUAGACCUGGAUCCUCACAGAGAGAACCUAUCCAAACCAGAAAUUUGUGAAAGCCGAUGAGCCGUUGAGCUCAAAAUCUUCAAAGACAGACUUUCUGUCGUAUUGCUCAGAGUUUACUGCAGCAGUGAUGCUACAAAAGAGACGUUUUAAGAACCAAAGGAGUUACAAGCGUCUGCAAAAGCAUCAGGAGUUCAGUUCCAUAUGCAGCUUUGUUGAUCGAAGUUGCAACUUAGUCUGCUGGGAUAAUUUCUGAGACAUUUGAAAAUUAGACUAAAAUCUGUGUAAAACAGACAAAACUCUUGUCAUAUAGAGGCGAAAUGAGUCCGAGACUGUUUGAACAGCAGAGGAGAGAAGCCUAAAUGAGGGGAGGAUGGGAAACAAAUGAGCCAAAAGCACAUCUUACUCUCCCUACGACUUUAUUUUCAUCUCUACCUCCCUUUGCAUUCAUCCCUGAUCUCCUCCCCUCUCUCUCUGUGCCUGAGAAACCUAUUGUACCAGCCUGCUGUUGCCAUAGCACCGGUGAACUGUCUGUUGCU